AUGAAAGAUGACGUGAACCAUAAAACUGACUUGGAAAAUAAGGUGUUACAGUCAGACUCUUUACCCAGGUGUUACAGUGAGAGGCUUAACCAGGUGUUACAGGAGAUUAACCAGGUGUUACAAGUCAGACUUAACCAGGUGUUACGCAGUCAGGACUUAACAGGUGUUACAGGUGAUUAUCACUCACGGUCACCCACACUGAGGUUCAGCAAGGGUGAAGAAGUGACGAUUCCAGUGGUCAAAAUCAACCAGGGUCUGCCCGAUGAGGUGUACAUUAAGAAAGUGCCAGAUAAUUGGUCAAGUAACACUAGUAAGCUGCCAUCUCUCCAACUUGGACCAGCCCAACGCCACCACACUGGUGUAUACCUCGUUCAUUCUGACGUUCGUACCAACAGAGGAAGCUUUGACGGGGCUUACUUCGAUGUCAUGAUUCGUGAAUGCGAGAAGGAUAAGUAUGGUGUACACUGUAGUGAUCAGUGUCCCAAGUGUCUACACGGAGGACAGUGCCACUCACAGACUGGCACCUGUGUCUGUCCUCCUGGCUUCAUAGGUGACACCUGUCAGUAUGCUUGUCUCCCUGGGACAUUUGGAGCACAGUGUCAGCUGGCAUGUGAUAGGAAGACGCUGGAAUUUAAUGUCAAUAAAGAUGGAGACUGUCGUAGCCUGAUCAUCUGUCUUCCAAAACCCUACGGCUGUUCCUGUGCCCCUGGUUACACUUAUUUAGACGGUGAUGGUGAUAAUAAAAUAUGUACGGGAGAGUGUCCAGUUGGAAAGUUUGGAGCAGACUGUAGUGAGAGCUGUGAAGGUUGUAAGGAUAGUGAGUGUGACCGCUUUACAGGCACUUGUAUCCAAGGUUGUCAGGGUGGUGCUGUUUGUACUGCUGCUCCCUCAUCACCACAAGUGUCUGUCAAGAGACUCCACCGAGCACUGAGAAUUACCAUCACUAAUGGAAACAUCGGUGAAAUCUACUUUGUCACACAUCAGUUUCUUGGAUACGAGAGCUGUAAUGGCAGAAGAGAGAGCAGUGAACCAGUGACAGCCAUAGUGAAUGCUGCAUCCUUAGAUCUCUCAAACCUGGAACCCUAUGCCAGUUACAAAAUAUGUGUGGUCGCUGCAAAUUCUGGAGGUCACAGUCAACACUCCUGCGAAAAUCCCAGAACUCUACCUGAAGCACCAGACGUAGAAGUGGGAGGCUUCACUUGUUGGCCAUAUUAUUCACAAAUUAAGUGUCAGUUUUCUUCAAUAGUUAACUGUGAAAAUUACAAUGGACCCAAUAUAUCCGUCAUCAUCAGAAUAAAGACCAACUUAGCCUGCAACAACACUAUACAUGAACUAUCACAGAAUGUGUUGAUACCUACUGACCAUAGGCCAGAAGUGACCUUCCACCAGGUUCUAGCUGGCCAAACCUACCAGGUCACAGCACAGGUACAUAACACUGCUGGUGUUGGGAAAUUAUUUGUCUCUACCAGCGUCACUACUGCUGUUGCAAAGCCACCACCAGUACAAAACCUGACAAGUGCUGUGAUAGACACUACUACAGUUCAACUGUUAUGGAAUGAUCCCUGUCCUAGUAAUGGUGAAAUUACUUACUAUUAUGUUAAUAAUCAGCACUUAUACAUUAAAGACGCAAAGUGCAACACAUCAAGGGUGUUUGAUCGCUGCUACGGCAUCACAGGUUUAACCCUUGGUCAAACUUACUACUUCAAGGUGAGCGUGUACAACAGUGUUGGUGGUACUGACAGUGAAACUAUCACUGUUCAACUGAUGGAGAGAGCUCCAGGCCCCCCAGAGUUCAUCAGAUCUGUCCGAGAAUACAGACAACUCGACCUAUUCAUCGGCAUGCCAACUGAUCCUGGUGGAACUCUACGUAACUGUUCCUUAACCCUUAGUGAAAGCAGCCAGCCCUGCCAUGUGGAUGUCAUUGUUGAUCAACUCACACCCUGUAAGUUUGAAAACCUCAAACCAGGAAAGACAUACCAGGCAAACGCAUCAUGUUGCAACUCAAUGUUUUGUGGGGAGACACGGCAACAACCAGUGGCCACAAAGCCAAUCAAACCAGAGAUUUCCAGUGAUCCAACUAUUUUGAAGAAGACAAACACAACCAUUACUCUCGGACUGCCUUACUUAAAUACGUACGGUGAUGGUAAAAGUUUUAUGGCUGUGGUGGUUCACCAGGCAGAGAAACCAAUCCACAACAUUUCUGGACGAACAUUCAUGCUGCUGCAGAAAAAUUUGCCAGCCUCCGUUAAGAAACACUCCAGGCAUGCCAAGCGGCAGGCUGAACAGAGUCAGUCUUGCCAAGAGAUAGUGUGGGUUGCUGGGCUGUUGAAUCAGAGUACACAGGAGUUCAAGAUAGGUGACGCUGGCACCUACGGUGGUUUCCACAACUGUCCACUCACUCCCCAUGAAAAAUAUAAUUUGGGAAUAAUGGCAGUAACGGAGCUCUUGGGUGAAUGGAGUUAUGAAUUGCGUAUGCUGCCAGAGUCUGUGGUGGCUGAGCCCUGGGAGGCCCCAGCAUUAGCCCUCUGGUGGCUGAUCAUCAUAACCUUGCUCAUUGUCUUCAUACUCUUUUCUAUUAUAUACUUCAGGCAUCGCAAAAAUCCUGGAAAAUUAUGGCCAUUGAUCACAUUUAACACAGGAAACAGCAAUCAAGCUUUGCAUGACAAAAACGAAAAUGUGUAUGAGAACCAUGGCUCAGUUCAAGAUACAGCUGCUGCUGCUGCUGCUACUACUAGCAAAAUUCCAAGCAAGGCCAAAAUUUACACACCUCUUGCAAACACCGUGCAAGUCCCAGCCCCAUCUCAAGAUUUCAGUAAUGCUCUGCUUCCACAGGUCCAGAGCAAUAGUGAAGUAGCAGCAAAUGGUGCCAUCUAUUCGAACCUUAACUCAGAAGAUAUUUAUGAAAAUGUCACAAGGCAGGUUUCGUAUGCAAAAGUCGAAGCCUACCUCAACAGGACCAUUAAGUCUUACGAAGCUGCAGAGGAAUUUAGGAGUGUACCAGAUAAUUACAACAAGAGUACAGAUGCUGCAUUACUCCCAGUCAACAAGCCCAAAAACCGCUUCAAGAACAAUCUUCCAUAUGAUGACACAAGGGUUGUGCUUUCUUUGAUUAAUGAUGAUCCUCAUUCUGACUACAUCAAUGCCAACCAUGUCUCUGGACAUGGAGAUGUUCAUUAUAUUGCUGCACAAGGUCCCAAGGAUAAAAAUGUUUCUACUAUUGCUGACUUCUGGAGGAUGAUUGUGGAGUACAACAUUAGUGUCAUUAUUAUGGUCGCUAACUUCGUUGAAGAAGGCAAGAGUAAAGUGGGUGAGUACCUAAGGCCAGGAACCACACUAGACUUUGAUGGCUACUUUGUUUCUGUCAUCAAAAGAGAACAACUUCCACACUUCAAUGUGACAGCAGUGCAGGUUUCAAAGGAUGGUCACAACCACACUGUACAACACUACCAUUAUACUAGCUGGCCAGACCAUGGUAUACCAAAUGAAGCUGGCUCCUUGGCCCAGAUGAUCAGACACUUCCAACGUAGUCAUUAUAAAGGUGGCACAGUUGUCCAUUGUUCAGCAGGGAUUGGUCGAACAGGUACAGUUCUUCAGGUCCUUCUCAUGUGUGAAAUGCUUACACUCAAAGGAAGUUUUGAUCCUAUUGAAGUACUCAGACACCUUAGGGCCUGCCGAGCUAGGCUAGUUGAAAAUCAAGCACAGUACAACCUGAGUCUAGAGAUCAUGGAAGAGGUUCUCUUUGGUGAGGAAACCAUUGUAUCUGCAGAACAUCUUCAGAAUUUUAAAGACAGUUAUCUAAAAGACAGCAUGGCUCAGUUCAGGAAAGCAAAAGCUUUGCCAUCCCCACUCACUUACAAAAGUUCAUCAAAUCCAAGCUUUCAAGCAAUGAAUCGUAACAUUUCAGUAUUACCUGCAGACUCCCAGCGGUUAUACCUACAGAUGGAGCAUGGAGCGCAAGAGACCCAGUAUAUUAAUGCUAUUAAGAUUGCAGGCUUCAUCAACAAAGAGAUACUAUUAGUUACAGAACAUCCCAUGUCUUCAACACUCUCCAAAUUCUGGAGACUAGUGGUGGAGAAGGGUUGCUCUGUUAUAGUAUUCUUAAAUCAUUUUGAAGAACAUAGCAAGGAGGAAUUCCCUGAUGUAAUACCAUACGUAGGAGACAUGUGGACUAUAGGAGACUUCACUAUCCACGUAGAAGCAUCCCAACCUUAUGGAAACUCACUCACCCAGAACAAUGUAAAAAUUAUAAAUUCAAAGGUAAUGUCUUGAAAGUUCAUUUUAUCUUUAGCAUCCAUCAGGUGAAUAAGGUUGAAGGAGAUUAGUAGUUUUAGGGAUUUGACUGUCAGUGUGUGAGCAAGGUAACAUUUAUGAAGAGAUUCAGGUCGAAACCUCACAUAUGCUUAAUUUUUUCUUCUCUUUUUUUCCCCCCCACUCCUCUUGUAUGCCACAACCUAUGCUAUAUUUUGUUUCUCUCUACCCAAGAGUAUCAGUGACAAGAACUUUGGUUGAUUUUCUCAACUUGUACAAGGCAUGUAGCUUGGCAAUGCCUAAAGUGUCUGUUUAUUUAAUCAAAACUCUCCCUCUAUACUAUAAAAAAUGUAACUGAUAAUGUCAAUAAACUUAGACAUAAUGAGCCUGAUUCUAGUUUGUUGACAAAAUACUGAUAAACUAAACUUAAUGUAAACCUCUUUAUGUAUAUUAUUUUGAGUGAUUGAUUUGCUGUUUAAGCUCCAUUUAAUAUAAUGAUAAAAAAGUCUCCAAUCUAGUUUGUCUAGACAUUCUUUAUAACUUGGAAUCCCAUGUUUUGUGACAUUUUUUACCAGAGACAUUCUACCAAGGUCCCCAAAACAGUAGGCAUCCACUCCAAGAUACCUUACUUUGUACAGCAAACAGCACUACAAUGUACUAGUCUGUAAUCUAUCUUACCUUACCUAUGGUAUUUAUGCCUGAGGAUAUACUACAUCAAAUCACCUAAAAUCAAUAACAGCACAACAAAAAGUUGCUGUACGGGCAAUUACCCAGUCAAGUGCCAGACAGGAUACUUCCCCACUCUUCAAAAACUUAAACUUACUUAAUAUACAAAAUAUGCACUCGUAC